AUGCCGUACAACAUUGCUAUGGUUAGCGAUUUCUUCUUCCCGCAACCUGGAGGCGUGGAAAGCCAUAUAUACCAACUUUCCACCAAGCUGAUCGAUCGAGGGCACAAGGUUGUUGUCAUAACUCAUGCAUACAAUGGCCGGACGGGCGUGCACUAUUUGACGAACGGGUUGAAGGUCUACCAUGUGCCGUUCCUGGUCAUCUAUCGAGAGUCUACUAUGCCAACAGUCUUUUCUUUCUUCCCUGUUUUCCGCAACAUCAUUAUUCGAGAACAGAUUGAGAUUGUCCAUGGUCACGCAAGCCUGAGCAGCUUCUGUCAUGAAGCUAUCUUGCAUGCUCGGACAAUGGGUCUACGGACGGUCUUUACCGACCACUCGCUUUUUGGUUUUGCGGAUGCUGGGUCGAUUUUGACCAACAAACUUCUCAAAUUCACGCUGAGCGACAUCGACCAUGUCAUCUGUGUUAGUCAUACGUGCAAGGAGAAUACGGUCCUUCGAGCAUCUCUCGAUCCUCUGAUGGUAUCCGUCAUUCCCAACGCUGUGGUAGCCGAGAAUUUUCAACCACUUUCCCAUACGACGAAAUCCCAAGAUACAAGCUAUAUGAGGCCCCGGCCGCUACCGCAACGAGUGGGCCCCGACGACACCAUUUUCAUUGUGGUCAUCUCACGUUUAUUCUACAAUAAAGGCACUGAUUUGCUGAUUGCUGCCAUCCCCAGAAUUAUUGCCGCGCAUCCAAAUGUUCGUUUCAUCAUUGCAGGCUCCGGUCCAAAGGCCAUCGAUUUAGAGCAGAUGCUUGAAAGAAGGAUGUUGCAAGACAAAGUCGAGUUGUUAGGACCUGUGCGUCACGAGGAGGUCCGAGAUGUAAUGGUUAGGGGACACAUCUAUCUCCAUCCAAGCUUAACUGAGGCUUUUGGAACUGUAAUUGUGGAGGCUGCAAGCUGCGGGCUUUAUGUGGUUACCACCAGGGUUGGGGGUAUCCCUGAAGUGCUUCCGGCACACAUGACAACUUUCGCAAAGCCCGAAGAGGAUGAUCUAGUGAUAGCCACUGGCAAGGCAAUUGCAGCACUUCGCUCUGGCAAAGUAAAAACCGAGCGAUUUCACGAUCAGGUGAAAAUGAUGUACUCAUGGACUGAUGUCGCUCAAAGGACUGAACGCGUCUAUGAUGGUAUCACCGGAGCUAUCAGUGAACAUGAAUUUUACGGACAGCAUGCAACCGCAAGCUGGAGCGCCGCCCGAGGCCGAUCGGAUGUCAAUAGCUACGCUCUGAUUGACAGACUCAAGCGUUAUUAUGGGUGUGGUAUCUGGGCUGGCAAACUUUUCUGCCUCUGUGUUAUCAUCGACUACCUCAUCUUUUUAUUCCUGGAAGUAUGGGCUCCUAGAACGAGUAUCGACAUAGCUCGGAGCUGGCCGCGGAAGCCUUUUAUCAAUGACAAAAACAAGCCAGUUGAAAAUAGUAUGUUCCGUCGAAGAGGAACUGAUCUGAUGGAUCGUCGGAAUGGUAGUCUAAUGAUGAGGUGA